CGGGAACUGGGUGACUGUCCUUCGGCCUCCCGCCCUGCGCAGCCGGGACCCGUUUCUUAUUCCCGCUUCUGAGCCAGCAUGAGUGCCAGGAAACCGCCCAUCGGCAGGAGUCCAGCCAGGGCCCCCCAGACACAUCCCAUCACAUAUUACUUUCCGCAAGAGAAUGUGCAGGAUUCAAACCCCCCCACGCCAAAAAGGAUGAGAUCCAACCCUGGUGCCAGUGCUCUGAAAGUAAUUGGUAAUACGCCGAUUUCUACUGAGAAACCUGGAACCCAAGACCCUGAAUCGAAUGCCAGUGAGGAUAGAAAAUUCACUGUUAACUUAGGUAAAAAUGGAGGGGAGUAUGUGGUGAAAGGCAAAGCCAAUGACAGUAUUUACGGGGCCCUGAUGGCUCUGCAAGAUAUCCGGACUCACAUCAAGAAGCAGCAGGGCAAGGAGAUGCAUCUGCAGGGGAAGAGGGAGAUUAAGGGGUUUGUGAACUUGGGAAUGCCCCUCAAGUGCCUGCCUCAGAAGUCCCACUUUGAAAUGAAGUUUUAUAAAGCGAAGGGAGACCAGGAAGGUGGUGAGCAAGGAUACCGCCAACUCGACAGCACAGGGACUGAAUGCGUUGUAUUUUAUAUUGCACCCAUUGGAAAGAAAGGGCCUGAUGGGGCACAAAUUCAAAAAAUAAUGCGCCAGGAUUUUAUAAAAGAGCGCUGCAAGAUAUGCGUCUUUGCCCCAAAAGGGGAGACCAUCAAGAAUGCUCUGUGCAAGGAUGGACGGUUUCUGCCCCUCUUGGAGGAAAAGGAGUGGUAUCUAGUGGAGAACAGCGAAACAUUACACUAUAGUCACUAUUCUGUCGAUGACUUAGACAAUCAGUCAUUUGAGGUGCAGGUUGAAUCUGAGCGUGCCGUUAAGGCAAGGACUGAGCAGCGUGGUGGGGCCCCUCGGGAGCGACAGGGGGAAGCAUUCUAUCAGUUUAAACUAGCUGUUCGGGCCCAGUACCCUGAUUUAGAGAAACAAAGUGAAUUGAUCCAAGAGUUCUUUAAGGAGGAAGUUAGUGAGUCAGGCAAACAUGUCAAAGCUCUGCUGGAAUUGCAUAGAAAAAAUUUUAGUAAGGAGGCGAAGAACUCCACUCCGGUUCGGGUGCAUAAACUCCUUGCUGGACUCAGCAACUCAGUAGGGUAUGUAGAAUGGGACUACAACGGAAACAGGGGCUGUGCCACUGGCUUUGUGUUAUGUGAUGGGUACAUCCUCACCUGUCAUCACGUGGUGAGCGAUGUAGCAGGACCAGGAGUUGAGGAGCAGCACUGGGCAGAAAUUAGUCAGUCUGUCAGGGUUUCCUUCUCUUAUGAAAACAAACAUCCUAAGGAAGAUGAUUGGUUCUACGUAGAGCCUUGCUUGGAAGUCUCAGACCAGGCUCUUGAUUACGCCAUCUUGAAAUUGAAGAAAAGGAGCUCUAAAUUCCCAAACGGGUUGGCAAAAUAUAUAUCUUCACCACCACAUAGCGGCCUGAUUUAUAUUAUUGGCCACCCAGAUGGAAAGGAGAAGUCCACAGAUGGCUGUUCUAUAGUAACCCCACUUGAGCGGGGGUGGCGAUGCAUUGAACGCCUCCAGAAAGGGCAGGUGGAAGGCCACAGCAGUACCAAUUGUGGUACCAUCCCUGAGAGCAGAACCACCCAGUGCAUCCACAUGUUCACUCCAAGGAGCUUCCAGGAAGUGACUACCAAUCCUACCGUAGUCACCUAUGACACCAGUUUCUUCUGUGGCUCCUCAGGCUCACCUGUGUUUGAUGCUGUGACGAACUGGGCCUAUGCGUCUGGACGCCUGAUCGCCAUGCACACCGCUGGCUAUUUGUACAGUUACUGUAAACAGGAGCACAGCAUUGUUGAGUGGGGCCAGUUGAUAAAAGCCAUUUUGUCUGAUAUCAAAAAGAAGAAUCCAGAGUGGUAUAAGUCUGUGCUCGAAGGCCAUCUGAGAGAUACUGAGGCUCCCUCUGGUGGCUCUGAGGACACUGCAGAGGUUCCCCAUAAUAACCCUGAGGGAGCCCUCAGCGCUGAGACCAAUGAUGUGAUAAUGGAAAGUGACAGCGACUUGGAAAAUGAUGACUUAGUGGCGGAUUUAAUUCCAUCUCCGAGACCCUUUGCCUGAAUCCUUGCGAUGCUUUUCCAAUGCCAUCUCCCAGUGGCCGGUUUGUUGGAACAAUUUUAUCUCUGCGUUCCAUAACCUUUGUCAUUCAACUUAUUUUUGCUUGGCAGUUCCCAUCAAAAUUGACCUGUGGACUUACCCACCCAUAAAAUCCCCAUUCAGCUGACUUGGCUUCACUUAUUCCACGUGAAUGCUCACUUACACCUUGGGAGGUGGUGGUGGUGGUAAGAAGAGACCCAUACCUUCAUGGGUCCCGUUCCAUCAUUUGGGCUGUGUAACAUGCAUCUUCACUGCCAAGAGGUGCAACUAAUUAGUGGGCUGUUAAAAUGGAUUCUGUAAUUUAAGCAAUCUUUUAAAAUACAAUGUUCUGUCUCCCACAGGAAGAACCUUACUCUGAGGCCUUUGUUUCUUGUAAUGAAGCAACAGGGUCAGAGUUUCAAAUUAGGGAAAUUUUAAACCAGAAGUCUAAUCCAAAAAUGUACAAUUUCUUAAAUUUUGUCCGUGUCUUAUUUUUUAAAUUAAGUCAUGAAAAUAAGUGUUAUAAAAUAAAAUAUCGAAAGCCUUAACCCAAUCCAUAGUCUAUCAGGGAGGGAUUGAACCAUACUGCAGGGCUUUUUGUUUCAUGAUGAGGUUUUGUCUACACAAAAAAGUUGCACCAGUUUAAAGGUGUGAAAUAAACUGAUUAGUUCACAUAGAUCUCUGCACUUGUUAAACUAAAUCACUUUCAUUUCCCAUCUUUAUUUUAACGGAUGCAACUUUCUCAUGGCUUCAAAACCAGCUGAGUCUUUACAGAACUUCCAUCUGACAAACAAGUUUUAUGGAGAGUAUAAACUUUGUGGGUUGAGAGGAAGCAACUAAUAAAACAGUUGCUUUACUUGCUUAGAAUGAAAAGACCCCAGGACAGCAACAUCAGAAGUUUACCCUGACGUGGUUAAUUUGACUCACCAAGAUUGAAAGGUGAACUGCAAACUACUUUUAAAACUGUGCUUGUGCUGUCUAAUACCUCCAAGAGGCAAAAAUAUUUGAAAGUUCUUACUUUGUGCGUCUUGAUCUCUGCUAUGUCUCAUGGAGAUUCAUUGUGAGCUCUUGCUCCUUGACUAAAAGGGUGAGGGUGUUGAAUCUUCCUUUAUGCAAAGGCUUCCUUUAUCCAAAAUGUUAAUCAGUCAUUGAAGUUAAAUAGGUGUAAAACAAAACCCAAAACUUUAAGCAGUCUGCACUUUUACAGCACUUUUUUUGGAGCAAAAACAAGGAUAUUAGCCAUGCUAGUCUAACUAAAAUCUGCCCUUGAUCAUUAGAUUUUAGCAAAUAGGAAGGAAAAACUUGUAAUUUCAGUCAAAGUUCUUCGUGUCUCUUCCUGUACAUUGUGCUGUGCAUUGUCCCUGUUAAAUUAUGUUUCUCCCUAGCGGUAACGGUGUUUUAGCAGUUUGGAAGGGAUGAAAGAUGCAUGUCUCUAUAGGCUUUAUAGCUCUGGCAUUUUAACUCUUUCUCCUUCUGCCUGUGGUACUCACAGGUGAUGGUCUCAGGAAUAAGAGUGUAUUUGCACGUUGCUUUCUCUUGUAGUCUAUCGUUUGACUAAUGACUUUUCGCUUUCCAUCUCUACUGGGAAUAAGCACUCAGGAAUCAGGCUGGUCAGGAGAGAGGAAGUCACUGCACUUUUUAUUAGCUGCACUAACACUUAACUGACUCUGAGUCUGCUCAGGAUUCUGGAAUCACUUAGUUCACCCUCAGUACGCUCAAAGGCGUCACACAGACAUUAGCAGCAUCACUUCCAUAUUAACACUACAUUAUCAUCAGCUAGGGUGACCAGACAGCAAAUGUGAAAAAUCAGGACAGGGGGUGGGGGGUAAUAGGAGCCUAUAUAAGAAAAAGACCCAAAAAUCGGGACUGUCCCUAUAAAAUCGGGACAUCUGGUCACCCUAUCAGCAGCAUAACUAGUAAUUUAUCCCUAGCAUUACAAGCUCACUGGCAAUAUAUAAAAUCCAGGUGUCCCAGUCCUUGUGCGUCAGGGCAUGAAAUGAUCACCCAUGGUGGGGUCUGAGAAGGAAUUUCCCUCUUGUUUGACACUACGCAGUUGGCAACGUGCAUUAUGGGGGCUUUUUGCCUUCUGCUUAAGCAUCUAGCGUUGGCCACAGUUGGACUGAGAUUCUGAACUAGAUGGACCAAUGCUCUGAGGUUUUUAUAGGAAAUCUGUUCCUCUUUGCUGUUUAUUCUUUCUUCCAAAACCCCAAGUGAUGGGUUAUAGUUGGAUUUAAAUUUAUAUCUAAACAAUCAGUGUUUUGUGUGUGUGGCUGGGGAAGAGAUUUUUUUGCCUUGUAGUUGCAUGAAAUUUGAAUUGGUGCAGCAAACUCUACAUACAGGGAACGACAUGCACACUUAUAACUGAAAUAUUGUCUUUAAACUAAAGACUUAUUCUUAUGCUCAAAUAAAUUUGUUAGUCUCUAAGGUGCCACAAGUACUCCUAUUCUUUUUACAGAUACAGACUAAUACGGCUGCUACUCUGAAAUCUAUCUUUAAACUGGGCCACAGAAUGACACAUCCUUCUUCAGUUUAACCUGACAGAUUCCUUUUUUAUCUCAAUGCCUGGGGGAUAGUGGGGGAUGGGGGAGUUUCCUGCUCUUUUUGUUCUUGCUCCUGUGAAUCAUUUAAAAAUAAACAGUGCCCUACACUGCUGGCAACCCAGAGGUUGCAGCCUUAUGUUACCUCAUAUGAACUGCAAGGUGAAACUGACUCGUCAGUUUCAUUGAGCAAGUUUGAGACUUACACAAAGAGUACAUCAAGGUCAUAAGUAAAUUAGAUGAGUGAUUUGUUUUUUUUAAUUUCUAAAAUGAAGUUAGUCACUAGAUAAAGGAAAUAAAGGCUGUUGAAUCUGAAAAUGUCUCUUAAAAAUUCUUAAUGGGAUAAAAUGUGUUCAUAUCUGUGUAUUGAUGCUCAUGUGCCAAUUAUAAACAUACGUGCUGUGCCAUGUAUCAGAGGGGUAGCCGUGUUAGUCUGGAUCUGUAAAAAGCAACAGAGGGUCCUGUGGCACCUUUAAGACUAACAGAUGUAUUGGAACAUAAGCUUUCGUGGGUGAAUACCCACUUCGUCAGACGCAUGUAAUGGAAAUUUCCAGAGGCAGGUAUAAAUAUGCAGGCAAGAAUCAGUCUGGAGAUCUUUACUGUUAAGUGCUUAUGUAUCAAAUAGCUAUGCAACCUGUCGAUCUUUAAAUAAAUGUUUUUUAAAAUCU